AUGCAAAUCCCACAGACUCAGACUGUAGCUCUUGUCUCCGAACUUGGAGGCAAGGUGGAAUUUGACGAUAACUAUCCCGUUCCUGUCCCGGGUCAGAACGAGGUGCUGGCAAAGGUCCUCUACACCGGUGUUUGUCAGAGUGACCUCCACACCAAGAAUGGAACUGCAGCCGGUGCCGAUGGAAACCCCAUCACCAACAUCAAGCGUCCUCACGUCGGUGGACACGAAGGAGUCGGUCGGAUUGUGGCGCUGGGGCAUGGUUGCGGACCUGACUUGAAGGUUGGAGGCCUAGUAGGGAUUCGCUUCGCCAGCCGUAUCUGCCGACGAUGCGAGUACUGCCUCGCCGGGACUGAACAGUACUGCGUCAAAAGCACCAACCAUCUGCACCACGAGGAUGGCAGCUUCCAAAUGUACAUUGCUCUCGACGCGGACUAUCUAACGAUCCUGCCGGACGACAUCGACCCGAAAGUCAUUGGGCCAGUUUUAUGCGCUGGGGUGACGGCUUACAAGGCCGUUCUCAACGCCAACAUCAGAGCGGGAAACUGGCUCGUUGUAGUAGGUGCUGGAGGUGGCCUCGGACACCUCGCGGUUCAAUACGCAAAAGCCCAUGGCGCGCUGGUCAUCGGAGUCGACGCUGGUGAUAAACGAGACUUCGUUCUCGGACUUGGUGCUGUCGAGUUCAUCGACUUCAAAUCUACCGACCCUGUGCAGCGUGUUCACGAAAUCACUGGACUGGGGGCACACGCCGUAGUUGUGACGGCUGGCAACGCAAAAGCUUUUGCCCAUGCAUGCGACAUGCUGCGCGUCGGUGGCACCCUGAGCUGCGUUGGCAUUCCCCCAGGGCGUCCUGUGCUGGAGACCCCCAUCUGCACCAUCGUCAUCAAAGGCCUCAGGAUCACUGGCAAUCUGGUUGGCUCGCUGAAAGAAUGUAUGGAAGCGGUAGACUUGGUCCGUCGAGGAAUGGUCAAACCGGAAAUCCGAGUACGGCCAUUCAGGGAUCUGCCUCAGGUGUACGAGGAAAUGGAGAAAGGUGAUAUUUCAGGAAGAAUCGUCCUCCAAAUUGCAGAGUGA